UUAUGGUUUCAGGGGGUACAACGUUUUGUUGAGGUGUUCUCCAUUUGAAGGGGAGUACGAAAUCCCCGGGCAAUGAAAAUAAACUUACUCAAUUUUCAACAUGUCACGAUUAAACUUCUUUUUCCAUUUUUGAGCUAACAGGCAGUACUCGCCGAUGCGAAGGCGGGCAGCGAUGAGAUCGAUGUAACACUGCCUGUGCAAACAGCAAAAGGACAAAAAAUACCACGGUGACAUUUGAUUUCCAGCCUUACUGCUUUACUGCGCAGCCUGGAACAUGAUGAAUCGUGAAGGAAGAAAUCUUUACUACUUGUAUUUACCGAGCGGCCUCUCGCUCUCCCACCUGCAUGGCGUAACUAUUGAGCUGGGUAACGAAACACGCGGCUGUGCACUCGACGAGUAACACUGACUGAGCACUGCACCGACUGACUGUGUUACUGACACGGUCGCGGGUUUCUACUCUUCGGGUCUCAGUCAGUCUUCGGCUUGGAAGGAAUACACACAGACUCAGAGCCUGCAGCGCUGACGGACUUCGUGAGCCGCCCUCGCACCAACCAGGCAGGCGCAUAACACACAGGAAGCUGCGACUGUGACCUGUCCCGGUGCUCAAGGAGCCGGGAUCAGCUGGCUGGUGGGCGUGUCCGGCGGGCUGGCUCCUCCUCCCCCCGGCGGCAGCGUGCGCUCCCAGCCGCCCCCCUGCGCCCCUCGCUCACCCACCCUGCGAGCCCGAGCCCAUGGCCCCGGCAGCACGCGGCCCAACGCCAUGUGCCCCCCGCACAGCAUGGAGGCAGGCAAGCCCAGCACUGGCCAGGGCCAAGGGCAGGGUCUGGGCCAGGGGCAGGGUGGGCGUGGGGGUGUGCCACUGGAACCCUUUGUCCACCAAGUAGGCGGCCAUACCAGCAUGAUGCGCUACGAUGACCACACCGUCUGUAAGCCGCUCAUCCCCCGUGAACAGCGCUUCUAUGAGUCUUUGCCCCCUGAGAUGAAAGAGUUCACCCCCGAGUACAAGGGUGUGGUACUGGUAUGUUUCGAGGGCGACCUUGAUGGCUACAUUAACCUGGUGGCAUACCCAUACGUGGAGAGCGAGGGCCUGGAUCACGAGGAGCUGCCCGAGAGGGACCAGCCACGGAGGAAGCACUCGCGCCGCAGCCUUCACCGCUCCAGCAGCGAGCACAAGGAAGAGCGCACCGCCCAUGAGAGUGACAGCGCUGAGAACCUGCAGGAGUUAAAAAGCCCACGUCUAGAGCUCCAGAUCCACUCAGAUGUGCCCUUUCAGAUGUUGGAUGGCAAUAGCGGCUUGAGCUCAGAGAAGAUCAGCCACAAUCCCUGGAGUCUACGGUGCCACAAGCAACAGCUCAGCCGUAUGCGCUCAGAGUCCAAGGAAAGGAAGCUCUACAAGUUCCUGCUCCUGGAGAAUGUGGUGCACCACUUCAUCUAUCCGUGCAUCCUGGACUUGAAGAUGGGUACAAGGCAACAUGGUGAUGAUGCAUCCGAAGAGAAGGCGGCACGUCAAAUGAAGAAGUGUGAGCAGAGCACCUCGGCCACCCUUGGUGUGCGGGUGUGUGGCAUGCAGGUGUACCAGAUGGAUACAGGCCACUACCUGUGCAGGAACAAGUACUACGGUCGAGGCUUGUCCAUUGAGGGCUUUCGCCAUGCGCUCUAUCAGUUCAUGCACAAUGGCACACAGUUACGGAGGGACCUUUUGGAACCUAUGCUGGGCAAGCUGCGCAGCCUGAAGGCUGUCCUGGAGAAACAGGCCUCCUACCGCUUCUACUCUAGUUCCCUGCUUAUCAUCUACGAGGGAAAGGAACCGGAAGCCGAGUCGUGGCAGAAUGCAGGCGAUGCUCCCGGCAACAUAGACCCUACUCAAGUGGCCCCACCCUCUGCAGACUGUGCUAUCCCUCGGCAGGAGCCAACCCUGCCUUCUGAGCGCUGGAACCUGCCACCACCCAGUGUGGAUGUACGUAUGAUAGACUUUGCGCACAGCACAUUUAAAGGCUUUCGCGAUGACCAGACUGUUCAUGACGGGCCGGACAGGGGAUACGUGUUUGGACUGGAAAGCCUCAUCAGGAUUUUGGAAGGCAUCGGAGGGGAGCACCAGCAGCCAGGGGACAGUUCCUUCUGUCCACCCAUGUCCUCAGCACUUAACCCCACUGAACUGAAAUAAAAAAAAAAUAAAUACAUGCAGAGUGAGAGGGACAGUAACCAUGUGCCGAGAAAGCACGUUUGUAGAUAAGGAAACCAGGGACUGAAUUCUCCUGUAGCUCUUAGCAAUCGGGCAGUGGACUAUAAAGGCUGAACAAACCGUUGUUUUCUUUUCCUAAGGAUACCAAGGGAAAUAAUGGUAGUAUAAGGUAGGAUGUGUACUCUCACGUACAGUACAAAGAUGGGUGCCCUCCCUGUGCACUGAAGAGGGUUAUGACUGUCCUUAUGGGUUCAUUGCCACCAUGUGGCCACAUCAAGUAUUGCAUUGAGAAACAGGUCAAAGAUAUAGCUGUAGCUCAGGGCAGCUCCAGGGUCAUGCCCUGUCUUUACACUGUGGGGGUGGUACCAGGUUUCGUGUGUGUACUUCUGUAUGUCUGUAUGUUUGAGUUGGGGAAGGGGGCUGGGCUGCUUGGUGAACAGCCCCUUCAAUUUACUUCAGCGUAUUAUUCCCAUUAGGCAAUUAAUGGAUUACAGCUUUGCUGUGAAAUUUUUACGAAAGCUAUAUUGUAAAGGCAGUGUGAGACUUAUUUAUGGUAUGCUGAAGGGAGGGAGUUUAAAGGAAGCUAAAACCCCUUGUGUGUCUUCAGCUGAAAUACUACAGCUUUACUGUAUGUUCUCCACAUCAUGUAUAACCAAGUUAUUUUUUAUUUUGCAAGCUUUAGGCCUUUUAUUCCGUAGUUUGCUUUUUAAUUUACCAUACUAAUAAUUUCUGACCAUCUUUUGUUGUCUGAGUCCAAUAUUCAGUUUGACAGUCUGGCCAAUUUCAGAAAAGGAAGGUUCAAAGAUCAUUCCUUAAUUCUGAUCGCUUUUUUUUUGUGUGUUUGUGCCACUUAGCUUUUCCUCCAUCUAUUUAACUUGCACUGUGGAAACUGGAUCAAGACCAUCAGCACA